AUGCAGGACAUGCAGGUGCAAACUAAAGAAUGUACUUAUCAUCUGGGUCUACAAGGGGAGUCAUUAGCCACUUCAGUCACUGACCUUCAACCCACCCUAAAUGGAGUUCCUGACAGAGAUCAAGAUGAGGCAUUCAGUGCUCCAGGAAACUGGCAGAUCAAGCCUUCAGUAUCCAAGGCGUUUGGGAAAGCUGGGUAUCCACAUGUACCAUGUGAAUUUGUCUACAUUCAGGAGCCAGUAAAAUGUGGGGUGGGAUCACACACGAAACCUGAUGCUGAACAGCUGGAUUGCAAAAUGAACGUGUUUGAAGCCAGCCACACCAUUGUAACCUGUCUCCAUGAUUUCUUUGGUGAUGAUGAUGUGUUUAUUGCCUGCGGUCCUGAAAAAUUUCGCUAUGCUCAGGAUGACUUUUCUCUGGAUGAAAAUGAAUGCCGAGUCAUGAAGGGAAACCCAUCAGCCACAGCUGGCCCUAAGGCAUCCCCAACACCUCAGAAGAGUUCAGCUAAGAGCCCUGGCCCCACGCGCCGGAGCAAGUCUCCAGCUGACUCAGGUAACGACCAAGACGCAAACGGAACCUCCAGCAGCCAGCUCUCUACCCCCAAGUCUAAGCAGUCUCCCAUCUCUACGCCCACCAGUCCUGGCAGCCUCCGGAAGCACAAGGACCUGUACCUGCCUCUGUCCUUGGAUGACUCAGACUCACUUGGUGAUUCCAUGUGAAGGAGGAGAGAGUCCAGAGUACAAAUGCAAGCUUACCGUUACAAUAGGGUACUUCUGCUCAAGUGUCCAACAGGGCUAUUGGUGCUUUCAAAUUUUUAUUUUGUUGUUGUUGUUGUUACUUUUAAAAACACACUGUAAUAUGUUGGGUUUAUUUUCCUGUGAUUUCUCCUCUGGGCCACUGAUCCACAGUUACCAGUUAUAAGAGAUAGAUUGAUAACCAUCCUUUGGGGGUAACUUUCCAGGGAUGCAAAAUGUACUAGUCCGUGAUCUUUCUAUUGGAUACUUAGGCACCUGCAUUAUUUUCCCCCAUCUCGCUUUCCUCAUCCGUGACAGUCUUCCCUCUGCAGAGAGUUGUUUACACACAUAGCACUUAAGAUGUGUGUGGGGGUGGGGAGGGGAAAAUCAUUGGCAAAUCCAAGAGUGACAAACAUAAGCGUCCCUUGUCUCCCCAUCUCAAGAAAGCUGGAGGAUCCUGGGAGGACAGCAAGGCAGCUCCCCAGCCUGACACUUCCUGAUUGAAACUCUAGUUUGUUGUUUAGCACUAAUUCUGGCUGCCAAGGGGGAGAAACACCAGCAACUUGUCAUUCUGACACCAAAGGCUUAGGACCCUGGUGUAGGAUAGCUUAAAGAGACUAGGCAAAAUUGGAAAACACUGUAGACAUUUCAAUAGUGUUUAUAAAGCACAGUGAAUUCCUUGUCAACAUCUCCACUGGGGCAAUUUAGAGUCAGUAAGCAAUUAAUAACAGUUGGGGGUGAGGGGCUUUCAUAUACCUGGGCCCUCUAAGAAGCUGUCUAACCUAGUGAGUUAGGACACAAACUGUACGGUAUCCAUCUAUCUCUGUUCUAUUGAAUGCCUUGUAAACAGCCAACACUGAAAACACUGUGAGAAUUUGUUUUCAGGUCUGACACCUUUCAGUCGCUUUUUAUAGCAAGAAACCAAUAUCCUUUUUAUAAAACCUUGUGUCUAUAUUUCAGGAGCAAACUCUUCAAGCUCCUUUUUUAUAAACUGGUGAUUUUUCUUUUGUCUAAAAAACACAUGCAGAAAAUUUACCAAAAAAAAAAAUGCAGAAGAAUAACGUAGUUUAGAAACCAUGCUGUCACUGCCAAACAGAAACUUCCAGGAAAAAAAAAAAAAAAAA